CGAACUUCAUUAUCCUUUUUAAAAUCCACCUUCAGCAGCCCCUCUCUUCAAUGAACUAGCCGUUACAUCUCUCUCUCUCUCUCUCUCUCUCUCUCUCUAGCGAUGGCAGCCUCAGUUGAAACACCAUCACCUCAUCUUCCCAAAGAGAAAGGAGCAAGCUUUAUGGCUACUACUACUACUACUACAGCUUGUGCUUCAGUUUCAUCUCCUUUGCUCAGUCCAUCUUCAGACAAGCGUCUCUGGAGCAAUCUGCGUAACAGGAUCGAUGUUCUUCUCGAAGAACGGAGCACGGAGAUCCCCAAUGCCAAUUUAUCCAAUGCUGGUGAACCGGAGAGAGCUAAGAGGUUGAAGGAGGAUUCCAUGCUUCUGCUUAAAGGGUUCGAUUCUGUAUCUCACACUCUGUCUCAGCUUUCCAACAAUCUGGAAAAUGCACUUCAGGGAGUGAGAGAAUUAGCUAAGCCACCAACGUUAACAGAGAUACUCCACUCCAAUCUGAAAGAGGAACAGAUUCGAGGGGAAGAGGUAGAAGAAGGUAAUAGCAAGGGGCAGAAGAGGAAACACGAGGCUGAUGUUGAUCAAAGAGAAGACUCAUCCAAUGAGGAAGAGAGACCGAAAGAGAACAAAGUCAUGAAGAAGGCCAAGAACGUAGCUAUUUCAAUGGCCGCAAAGGCGGCUUCCCUCGCAAGAGAGCUCAAGUCCAUAAAAUCAGAUUUGUGUUUCAUGCAAGAACGAUGCGGUUUGCUCGAGGAAGAAAACCGAAGGCUGAGAGACGGGUUUGUGAAAGGGGUCAGACCAGAAGAAGAUGAUCUGGUGAGGCUGCAAUUAGAGGCACUGCUCGCUGAGAAAUCGAGAUUAGCUAACGAGAACGCAAACUUAGCGAGGGAGAAUCAGUGCCUUCAGAAACUGGUGGAGUACCACCAGAUAACUUCUCAGGAUCUUUCUGCAUCAUAUGAACAAGUCAUUCAAAGUCUAGGCUUAGACUUCCCGUCCCCAGUUCCCGAAAUCGACGGAGAAGAAGAAGACGUUCAGACAAGUUCAGGAUCACCAAAGACAAGCAUCUUUGAUGUCUCGAAAACCCUCGACGAAUUCUUCGAGGAAGAACAGUAGAAAGUUUCUGGGCAAUGCGAUGAAAUGGUCUGUAAUAAGUUUUAACAUUCCACAGUCUAAUGUAAUAAUAAGCAUACUCAUUUGGUUACAGAUGAGAGGAUGUAUCAUAAGAUUGGUUAUUUCUUGAUUUGGUUACAGAAAAAGAGAAGAAUAUGUUUAUAUAA